GUCAGAGUUGUCAGUCUGCCGGAGAUCGGCGGCGGUGAUGAACGUGUCUUGUAUAUGUGCGUUUGCGUGUUUCCCUGUCACGUCGCAGAGCGCACGUGACUCAUAGACAUCGAAAGAAAAAUAGUGUCGCGUAUGCUAAGUGGUGCGAGCAACUUUGCGGAAAUGCAUAAUACUGGGAUUGCGUACUACGUUGCUCUGCUGCUGCUUGCAGUAACAAGCACGAAUUCGACGAAAUGCUCCCGAACCAUAGAAGGUACCACUGGGCCGCGCUCCUACGCCGAAGGCAAAUAUCAUCUUUUCAUGACGCUCUUUAACAGGACCGAGAAGGUUUACGCCUACAUGCCAAAUACCCGGUAUAGCGUGGUCCUACAGGCCGAUGAUUCCGAUCAGAUGCACCGGAAGUUCACGAGAUUCCUCAUAUCCGCCGAACCUGAAAAUGUGAAUGAGACGUCCGAUGUCGGCACGCUCGAUCUUCAGGAUGAUGCAUUGACCAAAUUUGCGGAUAAUUGCGCAAACGCCAUCGUAGAAACAUCAAAGGUCGGGAAAGAAGAAAUAAGUGUCGCUUGGACUAGUCCUAGUGAAGGUAGCGGUUGCGUACUUAUCAGAGCGACAGUGAUGGAGACAGCAGAUACAUGGUACAUGGAUGAAUUAAGUUUAAUGCUCAAUAUGUGCCAGGACUCAAAAGCGGAAGCCGACGAUCAGGGUACUGUCCUGGCGGAAUGUUGCGCCUGCGACGAAGCCAAAUACGAAGUUACCUUUGAAGGAUUAUGGUCACGCAAUACUCAUCCCAAAGACUUCCCAAGUAAAGGCUGGUUAAUUCGUUUUUCGGACGUAAUUGGUGCAUCGCAUACUGGUGACUACAGAUUUUGGCAAUAUAGUAACAAUGGCAUACCGCACACACAUACACACGCAUAUAUGGCUAGUACCGGGCUACAGCAGGUGGCUGAGGCUGGUACAACGAGAAAAUUAGAAUCCGAAUUAAAGGAUCGGAGCGAACACAUCAGGACUAUAAUAAAAGCAAGGGGCAUCGCUUAUCCAAACGUGACGGGUAGGACUUUCGCAGUUUUUCGUGUGGAUCGCAAACAUCAUUUAAUGUCUUUGGUUUCAAAGAUCGAUCCUUCGCCGGAUUGGAUUGUUGGCGUAUCCGGUCUCGAAUUAUGUUUACCGAAUUGUUCUUGGAUAAUUCACAAGGAAUAUAAUCUUUAUCCUUAUGACGCUGGUACCGAUGAUGGCAUCUCAUAUUUGUCGCCGGAUUCGCCGACGGAUCCACCGGAACCAAUUCGACGUAUCACGUCGACGUAUCCAAAUGAUUCGAGAUCACCCUUUUACGAUCCAUCUGGUCUGGAUAUGAAACCCCUUGCGAAGCUCUACUUGAACAGACAGAGGCUAUACGAGAAGACCUGCGAUGACGGCGGGGAUGAUACGCUGGCUGAUGCAGAUGCUUGUAAAGUGACGUCCUGGGGUGAAUGGAGUAUGUGUUCGGUGACCUGUGGCAGAGGCACUCAAUUGAGACAACGUCAUUUUCGCGAUGAAGCUGCUGCAAAUGCCAAUAAAUGUAUCACAACUCUAACGGAUCGGAAACACUGUUAUAACGCAGAAAGCCCACAUUGCACCAGUAACAGUCGUCACGAUGGUCUAUUAAACAGCGAAAAGUGCGAGUUAACACAGUGGAGUGCGUGGAGCUCGUGUUCGUCGACCUGUGGCGAGGGCAGCAGAACGCGAUCCAGAAACUUCCGGCUGAAAAAAUAUCGGAAGCAAUGCAAAGCUGUGCCGAAUGGUCCGGCACUACAGCAGUCGAUCGAUUGCGAAAACGAGCCUUGCGAAGGCGAAGAGGAAGAGGUAAGGCAACGAGAGAAUUACUUAAACGUCAGUGAUGAGGGUGAGGACUAUGUCGGUGAGAGAGCAGACAACAACGGGGAGAUAAUCGAGCAAUGGCUGCAGAAAUGUCCUGCUGAUCGUUACACCGAGUGGACCAUUUGGUCGCCAUGCAGUUCCAGUUGCGGGCCCGGUGUUAAAUUGCGAUCUAGGCUACACAAAGGCAUAUACAGCGCUUUGAAGGACGAUAGUGACAGCCACGAGGAAUGCAAGGUGCAGCAGGCGUCAUGCGUAGCCGAAAUUCCGAGUUGUGAUUUCUCGAGAGAAGAAGCAGAGAAGAUCUGUAGUGAACCUAUGGAGAAAGGACGUUGUAAUUCGAACAUAUUACGAGCCUAUUUUGACAAACAAAGCGGCCGCUGCCACUUAUUCAGCUACUCCGGAUGUGACGGUAAUCGAAAUAAUUUCCCGACCGAGCAGGAUUGCAAUAAUGUUUGCGGAAAUUUCCAAAGAGAAUUGAAGGCAAAUCUAUCAGCAAUCAUGAAAAAUCUUAAGGUGUCUCUUAGCAGCGUCCUCAGCUAUCAUAUUCCCAUGCAAGAGCAGCGCAGCGCAAAGGCAAAGAGAGCGCAACACGAAAGGGCGGAUUUUAGAGGCAUUCAAGCGGGCAGUCAGAUAAUGGAAUCGAGUGAGAAAGUGAACUGUCAGGUUUCUGAAUGGAGUAAAUGGUCGCGCUGUGACAAUUGUCGUGGAUUCACUAUUAGCAUCAGGACGAUAAUGACUCCAGCCCAAGGUGGGGGUAAAAGCUGUCCAAAAAAACUUCUCCGAAAAAAGAAAUGUCAUAGGAUUCCGCCAUGUUCUUUACAAGGUGAUGGAACAGGUCGCCGAUAUCAUCGAGACAAAAAUAGCGAACUUGAGCGUGAGAUUUCAGUGAAUUGCAAAGUGACACCGUGGUCAACGUGGUCGAAAUGCAGUGCGACUUGCGGCGAGGCGUUGCGAACUAGAGUCAGAAGUAUCAUGGUGCAACCACGUGGAUCCUGGGCCAAACUCUGUCCGAAUUUGGCGGAAUUCAGAAAAUGUAGCAACGUAGAUUGUCCGCAGUAAUGCGAACGUCCGCGUUUGCAAUCUAUCACUAUUCUAUAUCGAUAGCCAUUACGAUUUGCAUGGUGCGUCUGUUUGAAUGUGUUGGAAUUUAUAUGACUUUGUCGUUAGACUGAUUACUAGUGUGACACUCCUUAAAUAUUAUAAUAUAAUUGAAAUCUACAAACCUGUGCAGAAGGGAUAGAAGUAUGUAGGGAAAUUAUCGGAGAAUAGAGAUGACACUGGACGACAGCAAUAUUUUAUUCUAUAAAAGGUCGCGCCUUUUCGUCGUUUUAAUAACGAAAGUAAUAAUAAUGUGAUGUUAAUGACAAAAAUCAAAGAGGCAGCAGAUAAAACGACAAAGUCGUUUAAUUGAUAUUAAAUUAUGGAUAUUUUAAUACUUAACUAUAGUACUUAAAAGAGAGGCAUUGAUUAUUUUGAAUGGAAAAUAGUAGUUUAUCUGUAAUGCUUUUGUAAAAAAAGUGACUAGUAAAAAAAAAAAAGAGUUUACAUAUAAUCAUUAUAUAUAUAGACUUGUUUCUACAUCGCAUAAUUAUGUUCAUCCUCUGUCCUCCAGUGUAAUUUACUACGCACAGAAAGAUCGUGCCAUUUGCGUAUCAUUUUGCGGUUCGUCGAUGUUGAAUUACUCAAUAAUAUAUUUAAUACAACUUUACUUAAUACGACUUUAUUUAAUAUUACUUUACUUAACUAUGACGUUAUUUUCCGAUGGUAUUAAGUUAAGGCAAAAUGGAUUUGUGCAUUCCAAUUGCGUUAGUUGUGCUGUUAAGCUUAGAAAACAAAAAUAUUAGAAUUUUUGCAAUUAUUAUACUCUCGCAAAGUAAUGAUGUCAAAUAUUUCACAGACUUUUAUAUCUUAUUCUAUAUAUUUUAUAUAUAAUAUUUAGAAGUCUGUGGAAUACUCAUCAACUUUUCGUGACAAAUGAAGGCAAAUCAUUAUGUAUGUCAUUUGAUACCUACUUAACUGCAGCAAAAGGAUCAAAGUUGUAAUAAUAUAUUCAACACAGUAACAUUACGUCAAGUAAAAGUUGUCCCUUUUUAGUGCAGAUAGUAAAACGCGUUAGAGCAUGAAAAAAGACCAACUGUAAUAAUAAUUUAUUUGUACUAUGUAUCGUCAUAUUCGUGGCAUUUAUCAUGCAUUGCAGAUCUCAAUGUAAGACCAAAGUUUGUAAUAGUUUCAGUUAAAAUAAUUGCGACCACUAUAUCUUAAAAUAUAAUAUAAAAUAAAAUGCGCCGUAGACAUAUCAGUAGAUAGUAAGCUGUUUGUUUAGUGCAUAUAAUGAAAAGUUUUCUUAACAUAAAAUUCUCUUCAUUGACAAUAAUCGUAGAUAUGAUACAGAAAAAAAAACUAUUUAAAAAAGUUAUUCUUUUGUAAAGCCAUUAUAAUAUAUUCAUAAUAAAGUUAAUCAUUAUAAAUGUACUUAAACACACAA